AUGGAAGAUCAGAAUCAAACAGCAGUGACUGACUUUCUUUUCUUGGGCCUCACAGAUCAUCUCUAUCAGCAGAUUGUCCUCUUUGUCAUUCUUCUCUUUGUCUAUCUUGCCACAGUGGGGGGUAACUUGGGAAUGAUCAUUCUCAUAUGGAUGGAUCCCAGACUCCACACACCUAUGUACUUUUUUCUUAGCCAUUUGUCCUUUGUAGACAUGUGUUCCUCUUCUUCCAUUGCCCCCAAGAUGCUGUGUGAUAUCUUUGCAGAGAAAAAGGGCAUCUCUUUGAUGGGUUGUGCUGCACAGAUGUGGUUCUUUGGUCUUUUCGUGGCAACCGAAUGUUUCCUCCUGGCUUCCAUGGCCUAUAAUCGGUAGAUGGCCAUCUGUAAGCCCUUGUUGUACACACUUGUUACGUCCCAGAGGGUCUGUGUGCAGCUGGUUAUAGGCCCUUACGGUGCUCUUAUAAGCACCAUGACUCAUACAAUUCUCACUUUCUGCUUACCCUUCUGUAGUCCAAUUAUUAUCAAUCACUUUUUCUGUGAUAUUUCACCACUGCUUUCCCUAGCGUGUGCAGACACCUGGACCAAUAAGUUGGUGCUUUUCAUCUUGGCUGGAGCAAUAGGAGUACUCAGUGGCUUGAUCAUCACAGUCUCCUAUGUUUGCCUCCUGAUGGCCAUCCUGAGGAUCCAGACUGCUGAUGGGAGGAGGAAGGCUUUUUUCACUUGUUCUUCUCACCUGGCGGCUGUCUCCAUCCUAUAUGGGACUCUUUUCUUCAUUUAUGUCCGACCUAGCUCAAGUUCCUCCCUACUCAUUAAUAAAGUGAUUUCUCUCUUUUACACUGUGGUGAUCCCCAUGUUGAACCCUCUCAUCUACAGCUUGAGGAACAAGGAGGUGAAAAAUGCAUUCAGUAGGAAGUUUGAAAGGAAAAAUUGUCUAGUAAGUAGGUAA